AUGCAAGGAAAGUCAAAGCUGACGGUGUAUGUACAGUGGAAGAUGAAUACGGCUAUAUCGCUGAGGAAAACAUUCGUGCCGAGGAAGGUGAAGGAUUUCGGGGACGGAGGAGCCUUCCCCGAGAUUCAUGUGGCGCAGUACCCGCUGGACAUGGGUAGGCAAGACAAGCCCAGGAGCGACUCCACCCUGGCAGUGACUGUGGGAGCAGAUGGCAACGUCAACUAUGACGCCAUCGUCAAGCAGGGCCGCAACAAGGACAAGUAUAUCGCCAGCACGCACGACGCCAUGGUGCCCAAAUUGGACAGGCUCAAAGAUAGCCUGGAGAAGCCGAACGAGGAGGAGGUGGAGGCGACGAUGAAGGAGACUCAGGCGGCGAUGGAGCGGUUGGUGAACGGCAAGAUCACGGCCGCGCAGCCCAAGACGCUGCCGGCGCAGCCGGGCGCGCCGACUUACAUAAAGUACACGCCGUCGCAGCAGGGGCCGCAGUUCAACAGCGGCGCGGGGCAGCGCAUCAUCAAGAUGCAGGACAUGCCCGUCGACCCCAUGGAGCCCCCCAAGUUCCGCCACAAGAAGGUGCCGCGGGGCUCCGGCUCGCCGCCGGUGCCGGUGAUGCACUCGCCGCCGCGCGCGGUGAGCGUGCGCGAGCAGCAGGACUGGAAAAUCCCGCCCUGCAUCUCUAACUGGAAGAACGCCAAGGGGUACACCAUUCCCUUGGACAAGCGUCUGGCAGCCGAUGGGCGCGGCCUCCAAGAGACCGCCAUCAAUGACAACUUUGCCAAGUUCACCGAGGCGCUCUACGUCGCCGAGUCCAAUGCGCGACAGGCGGUGGAGCUACGGUCGCGGCUGCAGCGGGAGAUUGCUGCAAAGGAGAAGGAGUCCAAGGAGCGCGAGCUGCGAGACAUCGCCAUGCGGGCGCGCAUGGACCGCGCCGGCGGCGCCGCCCCGGCACCAGCCGCCGCGCGCAUGGCUGGCACUGCCGCAGGUGUGCCGGCCGCGGGACCGAGGGACAUGGAGGAGGACGAGGCGCUGCCGCCGCCGCCGCCGCGCGCCGGGGAGCGCGAGAGCCGGGAGGAGCGCGCAGAGCGGCUGCGCAGGGAAGAGAUCAGGGAGGAGCGGAGGAGGGAACGCGAGCGCGAGAGGCGGCUGGAUGCGCGCGACGCGCAUGGCGUGAAGAAGAGCAAGCUGACGCGCGAUCGCGAGCGCGACAUCAGCGAGAAGAUCGCUCUCGGCCAGGCCAACGUGCGCGCCACCGGCGAGGCCAUGUACGACCAACGCCUCUUCAACCAGGAGGGUGGCAUGGACAGCGGCCUGGCGGCGGACGAUCAGUACAACCUGUAUGACAAAGCGCUCUUCGCCGACCGCGGCAGCAACCUCUACCGCCCCAACAAGGGCGCCGACACCGAGCUGCACGGCGGCGAGGGCGCAGACGAAGCAGACAUCCGCACUGAGCGCUUCAAACCCACCAAGGGCUUCCAGGGCGUGGACUACAGCACGAAGGACCGCAGCAGCGGCCCUGUGCAGUUUGAGAACGAUCCUGCAGAGGCGGACCCCUUCGGCCUGGAUCAGAUGCUGUCCAAGGUGAACGAGGGCAAGAAGAAGGGAGCGUUGGACCACAUUGGCGGGGGCGGAGCCAUGCGCGCUGGCGGCGGCGGUGGCAGCUACGAGGAUUACGCGCAGGGAUCCUCCCGCUCGCGCGUGGAGUUCUCCAAGGGCCGCGGCUGA